AUGAAGAAGACGAAUCGGUGGCUUCGGAAACUUGUCGGCCGCGAGAGGCCGGCCGGUGAGGAGGAAGAGGAAGAUAUAGACCUGCCAGGCCAGACACGGACAUCCCAACAGACACCGCCACCCCAUGGUCGAUCCGAAGAACUACACCCUUCACCUGUGCCUCCGGAACCUGAGCCUCGCAUUGUACCUCAGGACCGCAUGCUAGACUUUUCGUGGAAGCUCGGAACUGUAAUUAUCGUCGCAUUCUUCCUUUCCUUCACCGCCGUCAUGGUCCUACGCGGGCUCAUCGCCGAAAACAAUCUCUUGUUCAGCUUCUUCGCCAACAUGUAUCUUGCCGGUACCAUCAUCUUUGGCGGCGGACCCGUCGUCAUCCCCUUGCUGAGCGAGUACGUCGUUGCGGAAGGAUGGGUCAGCGCGCGCGACUUUUUGAUCGGCCUCGCGAUCCAACAAAGCUUCCCAGGCCCCAACUUCAACUUCGCCGUAUACCUCGGCGCUUUGACUGCUGCUAAUGCCGGGCACAGUUCCGCCCUCGGUGCACUCCUCGGCUUCUUGGGCAUAUUCGCUCCGGGACUAAUCACCGUACAUGGUACAAUGGGGAUCUGGAGUGCGGUCCGAGGUUUGCGCUGGGUUAAAUCGUUACUCCGGGGUAUCAAUGCUGCGGCGGUAGGGCUCAUCUAUACUGCGGUCUAUCGCCUUUGGCAAGUUGGAUUUGUGGACGAAGGGUACGAGCAAGGCACCAGCCUCGCCCUGGAGCCCUGGAUGGUGGUCAUCACAGCCACGAGCUACGUUGGCGGUUACUGCGAUUUUUACACUCCUUUCACGAUGCGUUUCGACCUUCUCCUACCGCUAGGCAUCGCCUUGGCCCCCAUUGUUGCCGCCCAGGAUUCUCUCAAGAUCGACAUCGUUAACCGAUUGAGCUGCGCGAAGAAAACCAAGGUCGGCGACAACAUCGCCGUCAACUACAACGGCACUUUGACGGAUGGAACCCCGUUCGAUUCCAGCUACUCGGAAGAUGGUUCAAGUCCUUUUACCUUCCCGCUAGGCAUCGGCAUGGUUAUCCGAGGAUGGGACCUUGGACUUCUGGAUAUGUGCGUGGGCGAGCAAAGGAUUUUGACCAUCGGACCCGGACUUGCGUACGGAAACGAGGCGGUCGGUCCCAUCCCGGCAGGCUCAACCCUUGUUUUCGAGACCGAGCUGAUGGAGAUCAUCGAGGAGGAAGAGGCUUCGGACGAGUAA